AUGCCUACUGCCAAAGAAAUCAUCACAAUUAGCAGCGAUGAGGACGAGAUCGUCCUUGUAAAGAAGGAUAAACAGGUCAUGGUCAUCUCGUCUGAUAAUGAGGCAGAGGAUGGCUCCAGGGGGCAUACAAUCAUGCCCCAAUCCCAUCGCUCUUCACGCGCUCGUCUCCUUAUCUCAGGGGCAUCUCGUACCCCAAACUUUGAUAGACCUUCAGGCAGCAGCACAAGAGGAGAUCCCACCCCCUCAUCGUUACAAGCAAUGCAGAGGACAUUGGAACAUGCUCAGAGGCUCAAACGCACACAUCCCGAGGGCAGCAGCUCUGCUCCCAAUGCCAAACGCGUCAAGAGUGAGCGUAUAUCGACACCCCGGUCGCUCAAAAACGAAACGUCCUCCGCAUCUCAUUCAAACUUAAAGCGCUCUCGGGCUGUUGUUCCCGAGAUAAUAGAAUUGAACGAUAGCGAUGCCGAGGACGUGGUCCCACCCCCGGCGCAGCGCAAACGGCUCAAGCUGAAGCCAGCCCCGUCAAUUCGACUCGCAGGGGCAACGACACUCAAAGCACGACGACCUGACGAAGCAGCAAUGCACGUCAAAGCAGAGCCAUCUGCAGAACCAUUGUCUGAAUUCGAAGACGAUAUUGACUAUGACACUUGCCAUCCGGGACUCACUUACCACAGCAACUCAAAGUGGAAAGAGUCCACGAGACCACUUUGGAUCGACUCGGAUCCUGUUUCACUCACCACGUCCAUGUCCGAACUUUCUAUGAUGCACACAACAUCGCGUCCCCGGCCGAAGAAGCUGCACGGCAAUCUCCCCGUCCAGUUCUUCUCGUGGAACUCAAAACCUAGUCAUUAUUGGCAUUGGAACGCAGUUUCAAAAUCGCAGUCGUGUCAUCCCACGUUCCGUCGUCCACUACAUAUAGGUGAACAAGUGUACAACCGACGGUCCAAUACGAUGGGAAAUUCUACAUCCUCCUUGCGCGAGAGUCUUCAUUUCGACACGCUGCAGCUGUCGGCGUCAUUCAAGCAAGCAGGUGGUCCUAUCAGCAGAAUAUCGCAGAUCCCCGGUUUGGUUGCAAUUUCGAGCCAUACCAUGGGAGGCCAUGCAGAAGACGAGGAAGACACUGAUCCGCCUCCGCCUGACCCGCAAAAUCGAGAGGGUAGCUUGCAACUAUUCCGCGACGGGUCUAACACUAUCGUGCGUACACACGACGGGGUGGUUUCCCGAACUAUAAACGACCAAGUUGUAACUCUCCCGAAAUACUUCACUGUCACCGAUGUACAGUUUGAUCCACACAACAAGGGACAUAUGGCAUCGUCCGGGCAGGACUGCACGGUCCGUUUCUGGAACUGUGAAGACGGCAUCAGCCCUGGUUCGCACAUGGAAUUCAAGGACGUCCCCCACGAGCUGCACUACCACCCGGACGAGCCGAUUCUAGCCGUAACAUGCCACGACGGCUGCGUGUACCUCUACCGGAACCCCGGCGAGCGCUCGACCGACUCGAUGCUGCACAUCGCGCCCAAGACCGCGCGCCAGUCGGCAGGUGCGAUGGUCUGGGGCCGCGAACGCACGCAGCACGUCCUCUUCGCGUCCUCGGAACCGAGGGACGCAGACGACGAGACGGGCUACCACCGCGCGUUCGACAUCCACACCCAGAAGCAGCUAUACGAGCUCGACGCCCAAGAGGGCGGGGACGCGAUGGCCAUCGACCCACAAGGCUCGACGCUAGCGCUCUUCACGCUCGGCCCCGGCGCCUCACACGUGCUCCGGCUCUUCGACCUGCGCACCAAGCGCGCGCGGCGCGCGGUGCACAAGACCGCGCUCGAGGCGUUCCGCUUCGCGCGCGGCGCGCCGGCGUGCGACGGCGAGGUGACGGCGGCGGCGUUCAGCCCGGACGGCGCGCUGCUCGCGGCCGCGCGGAACGACAACCAGCUGCACGUGUACGACGCGCGCUUCCUCGCGCGCGGGCCGCUGCUGCGCUUCUGCCACUGGGGCGCGGAGCGCUGCGCGCCCGGGGGCCGGUUCGGGGUGACCGAGGCCAAGUGGGUGCAGGGCUGGGGCGGCGUCGGGCUCGGGCUCGGGCUCGUCAGCGGCGGCAUGGACGGAUGCGUCCGGCUGUGGGACGUGCGCCUCUCGGACGAGACGCCCGCGAACGGGACGGUGCUCGCGCAGGCGGACUACGACAUCAGCGCGUUCUCGCUCGGGGACGUCUACGGCGGCGAGAGGCCGCUCGUCGUCGGCGACAGCGGCGCGGGAGUAUACGUGUACGACCGCACGGGGCGGAUGGAGAACCUCGUGCCAUGA